AUGUCGUUUAACAAAGAGUCAGAGGAAGGUGUGUUCGGCGAGUUAGAGGCGAAUUUAGGGCUCUGUAGGCUCCCAGAUGAUGAGGAUAAGGACUCUGAAGAAGGUGAAAAGCUGAGGGCGAACUACAGGCACGGAGUUGGAUACCAAGAAGUUGUUCUCACCGCAGAACAGAUUAAACUCAAGGAUCGCAUCGAAAAAAGAAGGGGUUUCAAGGGGAAAAGAGAGGAAAAGAAAAGGAGGGACGACGAUGCAAAGGAAAAGGAAGAAGAGGACGAAAGUGAUGAAGAAUUUUCAAGAGUGGGAACCAUUCUGGAAAGCAUAAAAUCCAGAAAGAGCGCACGAGAGGAGAAAGUCGCCAAGAGACUAAAGGUCUAG